AUCCAGGACGGGACCGGACACAAGACCGUGCCCAUGGACGCUUCCACAGGGCAGCUCAGGCUUGUCUGACAUCCCUAGCCAUUCGGCGUAGAAAGGCCAGGAUCACGCCAGCUGAGGUCAUGGCACAACUGGACCCCGUGCCGAGUGAGCUCAAGCCAGACCCUGAUGUCGGCACCGCGUCGACUGACGGCACAGCAAACUGUGACAGCGCGGUGACCGAUGACGGGACAGACUCCAGCACGGCGCUGCCUGAGCUCCCCACGGAGGCUGACGGGGCAACCACUGAGGGCAUCGCAGACACUGAGAGCACACCCGUUCAGUGCCUGCUCGAUGCCCCCAGUCUGGAUGUUCUUGGGGACGGAGCUGUCUCUGCUCAAGAAGCCACGGAGCCAGAGAGAGGCAUGGAGGAGAGACCUCCCAGCGUCCCCCAGGUGGCCUGGGUGAAGGAGGGGGAUGAGGAGGAAGGCCCUGGAGUUGCCCCUGCAGAGCAGCCUGAAGAGGUGGAGCAGUGCCAGCCCCUGCAGGAGGAUCCAGACCAGGACAGUGCUGCAGACACCGACAGCAGGCCUGCUCAGAGCGGGAAUGAUUCUCCCGCCUCGGAUGUUUCUGGGGAGAACGGUGUCUCUGAUCCAAAGGAAGAAGCCUCAGAGGAAGACAGAGGCAUGGAGCAGAGACCUCCCAGCGUGCUAGAGGUGGCCUGGAUCCAGGACAGGACCGCGGUGCAGACACCGACAGCAGGCCUGCUCAGAGCGGGAAUGAUUCUCCCGCUCUGGACGUUU